AUCAAAAUAUCAAAGAAAAAAUAUAAUAUUUUAUUGUUUUAUCAUAAUGGCAAAUGCUAGAACCAAUGGGAAGAAAAAGAACAAGAUAGUGAAUCUAAAAAUAGUGGUGGAGAAGUUACAAAGGAGUCUUUCAUUGGUGAAGAAACUUGCAGCAGAGUUUGAUCAUGGUCAGGAAAAAAAAGGACAGUCCAGUGCACGAAGUAUUCCGCGUUCAUGUAACGUUCCAGAAGAUGUUAAAGAAGGGCAUUUUGCAGUAAUUGCAGUUGAUGAAGAUGAGUAUUUGAAGAAGAGAUUUGUGGUGCCAUUGAGCUGUUUAACACACCCUUCAUUUUUGAUGCUUUUGGAACAAGCUGCUGAGGAGUAUGGUUUUGAUCAUGAAGGUGCACUUACAUUACCAUGCAGGCCAAGUGAACUUGAGACAAUCUUGGGGAAUAAUCAAUCAAGAUUAAAUAACAAUAAUGGUGUUAAUUGGAGUUCAAGUAUGGUGAAAAGUUGUUAAAAAAAUGCAUGGAGCAAUAAACAAGCUAAGAUAUUUUAGCUCAAUUUGCGCCUUUCAGUCUCCCUCAGAACUUCGAUUAACUCAUCAUAUUGAGCCUCUAUCUUAGGGUUGGUUUUCUUGAAUGCAAGUGUUGUAUCUCUCUUGUUCUUGAUUGUUAGACGAGGAGCUGUCUAGAGAGAUAAUAGAUCCUGGCCUUAAGAUGGUAGCUUCUAUUU